UCUCCGGCGUUGGUGCCAUCUUCCGUUGUCUUGCGCGGGUACAGAGAAAUUUGUCCCAAAAAAAAAAAGAAAAAAGAAAAAAAAACUAGGAGAUCCUGCAUCAAUUUACUGGUGAACCGCUGCUGAGCCUGUUUCCGUUCGAAUUCCCCAACGCCGCCGAUUUUUGCCGCUCUGUUGCUCUGGCUCGGAGUAAUCUGUGGCGGAGGAUUUAGGUUUUCGGUUUAUUUUGCUGAAGAAUUUCUGGGCCGUUGUAUCUAUGUAUUUUGUUCGUGAGGGUUGACCAGAUCCCGUGAUAAGUGAAGCCAUGAAAGGGCGCUCGCACCGCCUGCAGAGUUCGGACCCUCCUGACGACUGGAUUGAUGGUUCUUGGACUGUGGAUUGCGUCUGUGGUGUGAAUUUUGACGAUGGGGAGGAGAUGGUAAAUUGUGACGAGUGCGGUGUAUGGGUGCACACGCGGUGCUCGCGAUAUGUCAAAGGAGAUGACAAGUUUGCAUGCGAUAAGUGCAAGAGCAAGAUUAAUCGAUCUGAUACGGAGGAAACGGAGGUGGCCCAAUUGUUAGCUGAGCUCCCUACGAAGACUGUGAGAAUGGAGAAUUCACUUGCACCCAUCGGAGCUCCUCGGCGUCCUUUCAAGCUUUGGACUGACAUGCCUAUGGAGGAGAGGGUGCACAUUCAAGGAAUUCCUGGUGGCGAUCCUUCCCUUUUUGGUGGGCUAUCCUCUAUUUUUAAUCGGCAGCUAUGGAAAUGCACUGGGUAUGUUCCCAAACAGUUUAAUUUUCAGUAUAGGGAAUUUCCCUGUUGGGAUGAGAAUUCCACUAGGGAGGAGGAUAGUGAGAACCCUAUUAAUAAAGGGGCGGGUGUUCUAUUUUCCUUGUCAAAAGAGAGUAAAUCGGUCACACCCAUUGCAACUUUAGUUGACAUGAGAGCUAGGGAGGGAGAAGAUGGUUCUGACCUGAAGAAGUCGCUGAAAGAGAUGAAAAAGUGUGAUAGUGAAGAUGCAGAAGCUAUAAGGCGUGCCCAGAGUGGCAUGAAGAAGGAGAGAAGUUUGCUUCGGUCUGUUGUGCAUUCAGGUAAGCAGAAAAAAGAAGAGUUAGGAACAUCCAAAGAUCGCAGUGGGAAGAAGAGGAUUAAAACUUCGGACAAAGAGGUAGAUCCCAAGGGGAGAACUUCACAUUCUUCGAAAACAGCUUUUACACCCACCAGUGAUGCAAAACAAUUGGAAUUUUAUGAAGACAGAGGUCUGAAGAAUUUCAAGACUGAUGAUACCUGGAGCUUAAAGAAUAAAACUUUGAAAGACAUUUUCGUUCAGGAACACGUUUCAAAUAAUUAUUCUGUUGUGGAUACCAUUAUGGAGGAGCCAAAUAUCAACUCGGCAACUACUGAGGAUUCUUCAGAAGCCUUAUAUCCUGACACGACAAGACGUAGUUUUUCAGUCGUGCCAGAAAUAGCAGAAGAGAAAAAUGAAAAUAAAGCUCCUUCUGUUUCUGAAUUUUCUUCCAAGACUGAUGACAACAUUUCGCCAUAUUUAAAGAAUAAUUCUGAUGGAAAUGCUUCAAUCAAAGAACAGGAGGGAGAUGGCCUUGUGGUUAAUAAUGCAGAUGACAGUACAGUUGUAAGAAGAACAGUAAGUCCUGCAGAGGAAGAGCUUUGUGGUCCUGCACCAGAACACAAGGAUAACCAGGAUUCCCAAGAUUUUGACUAUGAGACGUGUCCUGGCUCUGGACAGAGCAAUCCUAAUGUGAAGAGAGAAGGGGUUACUGAUAAUUUUGGGAAGCAUUUGAUUUCUCAUUCUUCUAGCAUGGGUGAUCUGAAAAGUGAUGAGAAACUGCCUAAACACAAAUCUGAUCAUGUUAAUGAUAGUGUGGUGACCAAUUCAUCCUAUGAAAAUAAGGUGGACGACAGUGACAGAAAAUCAGAAGUAAUCAUUGAUUGCCAUACCAAUAAUCCUGAGGAAUUAUCAUGUCAUUUUUGUUCUGUAAAACAAGAAAUGGUAGGAUCUGAAGGUCCUGUGGAAACCCACAAGGGUAUUUCAGAAAUAGAAGGUGGUUCUGGCUAUGCUGAAGAUGCACCAAAAUCUGAAACUACAUUGUGUCCUCAUACAAUGUCAUCAUGUCUUGGGAAGUCAUCCUCAAGUUCCUCAACUAUGAAUUCCAAAAUUCCUGCUAGUGACAAAAAAUCUGACCAGUCUGAAAUUCCUAAUCCUCUUGUCAAGCACGGAGUAAUGGAAGAUUGCAACAUGCACAGUAAGAAAGAAAGUAAUCAAAAUGAUAUUGUGAGGGAUGAAGUUCCUAGGAAAUCUCAAAAGGAACGUUCAAAAUCAUCUUCAAAUUCUAAUCUGAAAGCAAUGCAUUCAAGCAAAAGUGCACAAAAUGCUAUUUUAAGGCAAGUCAGUGCAGAUUCAAAAGAUUUUGUUAAUAGUUCAUCUUCUAAAGCAUCUGGGGUUCAUCCAGCUGGAACUAACUUAGGCUUGAACGAGUCUGAUGAAUCAUCACUACACCAAAAGUCUUUACAAGCGCCUAAUAAGAUUUCAUCUUCAGUACCACAGAGAGGUGAAAAGAUUAAUCAGACAAACUCCCAACCUUCCUCUAAGGUGAACCAGAAUCACGUGCCAUCACCUUCACCAACAUCUAAUUCUUCUGCAAUGCUAAGCGAUGAGGAGCUUGCACUACUAUUGCACCAAGAACUAAAUAGCUCUCCCCGAGUUCCUCGUGUACCCCGAGCACGUCAUGGGGGUAGUUUGCCACAGCUAACUUCUCCUAGUGGUGCAAGCAUGCUAUCGAAGCGCACGUCAUCCGCUGGAGGAAAGGAUUAUUGUUUGUUUUCCAGGAGAAAAUACAAGGAUGCAUCUAGAGAUGGGCUUUGUGGUUCCCGUGAACUUGAAGAUGAAGCUAAAAGGAUAGAGAAUGCAUCAUCUUCCUUUGAUCAGAAGAAAAAAGAUAUGGAAUGCGGGGAAGGUGCUUCUGUAAUGGAAGAAGGCCACAUAUCUAUGACAACCAUUAAUUCUACAACAAAGAAUGUUGCUCCUGCCUCUGCUGCCACUGCAAAUAGUAGUUCAGCCUCCCCUCCUGAGGAUCAAAAUUUGUCAUUUAUACGCAACUCACCAAAAAAUAUAUCUGACGAUGAUAAUGGAACUGCUGGAAGGCCAGCCCAUCGCACGUUGCCAGGUUUGAUCAAUGAGAUUAUGAGCAAGGGUCGUCGGAUAUCAUACGAGGAACUCUGUAAUGCUGUGUUGCCACACUGGAAUAACUUGAGGAAGCAUAAUGGAGACCGCUAUGCUUACACAAGUCACUCUCAAGCUGUUCUUGAUUGUUUGAGAAAUCGGCAUGAAUGGGCAAGGUUGGUCGAUCGUGGUCCGAAGACAAAUUCUACUAGGAAAAGGCGAAAGUUUGAUGAAGAAUCUGAUGAUAAUGUUACUGGCAAGGGCAGAGCUUCCAAAGGGGGUGAAGGGAAGAAUUUUGAGUUGCAGAAAGAAGAGUUCCCUAAAGGAAAGCGUAAAGCACGGAAGCGCAGGCGUCUCGCUCUUCAGGGGAUAGCGGUCAAGACCCGGAGAAGAAAGGUUGAUUCUCUAACUGAUGAAGAUGUUGGUCCAUUCUCCAAUUCUAGUGAGGAGAGCGAGUUUAGCGAGGAUGAAAUUCAGGGUGGCAGAACGGGUCAAGUGGGAAGUGAAGCUUCUUCUAGUUCAGACGAGGAAGGUAGCGCCUGAUUGCAGGCUGGUUAAAUAGAUCCACGGGGUCGUCUCUGCCAUGCUUGUUUGACUUUUUCGUGUUGUGAGCAUUCCAGCUUCUUCGGAUUCACAGCUCAUGAAAGACACAGCUGGCGGGCUGCUCGGGCAAGUGGAAGGAUGUGUGGUUGUUUUCUGUGAAAUCCUGGACCUUGUUGGGCUGUUUUCUGUGACAUGUCCCGUGGUGGUUGGAUAGUCAGCUAUGGUAUUAAUACUGUAUUGUAUAUAUGUCCUGCGGCAAUAGUGCGCCCUUGUAAUGCACGGCUGAUAAUGAUAACCUGUUAAUGGAAUUUGUAAGCAGCAUAGUAUAGGAUUCAGUUAGUGAGCUAGACAGAAUGUAGGACUGGAUUGUCAUCAGUAAUUUAAAUUUUAGAAGCUUCACCUCGAUUCUGAUUGGGAAUUAUUGGUGGUUUUACCUUUUGCCUAAUGAUUUUUCCCACUUUGAUUGUUGUU